AUGUUUAACAGAGGCUCUAUUUCAAAAUGGCCUUUCCGGAGACUCCUAGGAAGUGGAGAUCAUGAUCCAAAACAAAACUCUGUUGUUGUUAAGCCGAGAAAAACCGAUGUUUGUCUUCCUCGGCCGACGAACACUAAGCAAAAGGCCGCAGGUGUUGUCAGAGAGGAGAGAGGUGGGAAUAUGGUGAUCUUGUCCGGCACAGGCGCUGCCGCCGCUGCCGCUACGGUGGCGGCUGCUGAUGUUGCGGGUGGUAUUUUGACUGGGAAGGCAGAAAAACCUGGCAAGAUGAAUGGUAGCGCUUGUGGAGGUUUUUUGUAUGGUGAUGAUUAUAAAGUAGCUGUUGGUGGUGGUGGUGGGGGCGGCGGGGAUAGCCAUGGUGGUAGUUCUGAUGGUGGUGGGGCCAACCAGGUGAGUCUUCCUGGAGGUGGUGAUGGUGGCGGAAAGGGGGGGUUUUGGGCCGAUUCCUUUGCCGAUUGUGGUGGAGGUGGUUGUGGUGGCGGCAGUUGCGGUGGCGGUUACGGUAGUAGUUGCGGUGGUUGA